AGAGGGCCUGCCACUGUGCCCUUCCAGGCCCUGCCUCAGCUGGGCAGAAGGAAGAGGACCCAGCUGGGCUGAGGGCAGUGGGCAGGGGGCCCUGGGGUGGGCCAGCCGGGCCUGGAUGCUGCCUCCAGGCUCUGUGUAGGGCACCCGCCAGCCCACACCCCUCUCUUGGGCCAAUCCCAGAACGAACAGGACAGAAGCCAAGAAGGACAAGGCCGCUUGGCACAGCGGGACAAGAGAGAGAUCUACUGCAAGUCCGGAGCCUGGAAGCAAGACACAACAGCACCUUUCGCCUGGGGCCAGGCAGCCCUGGUCCCCGAGGGCUGGGUAGACUCAACAUUCAGAGAUGAACACAUAAGCUCUGGCCCCUGCAGAAAGACAACAGGGACCAGGAGAGGCGGGGAGAGGCUGGGACACGCCUGGGUCCAGCUUCACCAAGCCCAGUCGUGCCAAUGACAGUGAAGUAGCAUGGAAUAGGCCGGAGCCGGCCCAACUAGAGGCGCAAGGCGACAGCAUCCAUCACAGCCUUGGGGAGAACACUGGGAACUCAUGGACUCUGCCCCGCUGAGGCCAGCCAGGUCCAGGACCACCCCCCAUAUCUGCUGUUUGCCUCGCAGCCAGCCUCACCUGGAUGAGGGCCACCCGCCGCCCCUGGAAGCUGCCCCGGUCUCCUGGAAGAGUGUGGGCCCCUGCAAAAGCCUCAGGGAGCCCCCAGGAGGCCUGGCCGAGGCCUCUGUAGGGGAGGAGGCCCAGGGGGAGGAGGACCCUGCAGCCGCCCAGCUGGACGUGUUGCGCCUGCGGAGCUCUUCCAUGGAGAUCCGCGAGAAGGGCUCGGAGUUCCUGAAGGAGGAGCUGCACAAAGCCCAGAAGGAGCUGAAGCUGAAGGACAAGGAAUGCGAGCGGCUGUCCAAGGUGCGGGAGCAGCUGGAACAGGAGCUGGAGGAGCUGACGGCCAGCCUGUUCGAGGAGGCCCACAAGAUGGUGCGAGAAGCCAACAUGAAGCAGGCGGCAUCAGAAAAGCAGCUGAAGGAGGCACGGGGCAAGAUCGACAUGCUGCAGGCAGAGGUGACAGCCUUGAAGACACUAGUCAUCACGUCCACACCAGCCUCUCCCAACCGGGAGCUCCACCCACAGCUCCUGAGCCCCACCAAGGCCGGGCCCCGCAAGGGCCACUUGCGUCACAAGAGCACCAGCAGCACCCUCUGCCCCACCGUGUGCCCCACUGCGGGACACACCCUCCCUCCAGACAAAGAGGGCAAAGAGGUGGACACAGUCCUGUUUGCAGAGUUCCAGGCCUGGAGGGAAUCGCCCACCCUCGACAAGACCUGCCCCUUCCUGGAAAGGGUGUACCGGGAGGAUGUGGGUCCCUGUCUGGACUUCACCAUGCAGGAGCUCUCGGUGCUGGUCCGGGCCGCCGUGGAGGACAACACGCUCACCAUCGAGCCCGUGGCUUCGCAGACACUGCCCGCCAUGAAGGUGGCCGCGGUCGAGUGUGGCAGCACCAAUGGGUUCCGGGCCCCGAUUGACACCACCUGUGCCCUGAGCGGGCUGGCCCGCGCCUGUCGCCACCGAAUCCGGCUCGGGGACUCUGAGGGCCACUACUACAUCUCACCGUCCUCCCGGGCCAGGAUCACGGCGGUGUGCAACUUCUUCACCUACAUCCGCUACAUCCAGCAGGGCCUGGUGCGGCAGGACGCGGAGCCGAUGUUCUGGGAGAUCAUGAGGCUGCGGAAGGAGAUGUCAUUGGCCAAGCUCGGCUUCUUCCCCCAGGAGGCCUAGGCCAUGGCCCCGAUCUGGAGGGGGCUCUGAGCCGGAUACACCACCUGCCCAGGGCGGACGGACAGACAGACAGACAGCAAGACAGGGUCCUGGAGCCAGAACUGAGCCAGAAGCUGAACAGAGGGACAAAUGGCCAGGCCAUGGAGGCAGCACUGAGCCAGCACCAAAUGUCCAUCCCAGGACAGACAGGAUCUCAUGAGGUGACCCUCCUCUGCCCCAGUGGUACUACAGCCACCAGGAAACUUUCAAGAAAACACCAAAGACCAAGGAGCUUGGAGCGUCCUCAGGGGCUCGGCCCUUGGGAGGGGAAACUGGGACAGCCAGCACCCUGCCCCAGUGCCUGGAGCUGUUGCCUGCAGGUGCCUUGUUGCUGCCUCGUCCUCAGAAAGGGACCGUCCUGGGUGACUGGAUCUGCAGGGUAUCCACCACCUUAGUUCCUAAGCCCUCGGCCCCCAGCACCCCCUUGUGGCCGUCCUUCACCCUGUUCCCAGGUGGGCUUCCCAUGGGACUGCCCCAGUGGGCCUUGGGUCCCAGGUGCCCACAGGGCAAGCGGGCUAGUGGGGGCUGGCCGGGCCUCCAGGGCUGUCUUCCACUCCCCGCUGGAUCUGCUUGGGAACAGCGCCCCUCCUGCUGCCCUCCCUCUUGACCUCCUCUCCCCGCUCUGAGCUCUGUGCUCCAGGAGGCCCUGCCCCCCACUCCCCUCACCGCUGGAAGGAUUGGGACACUUUUCUCACAAAGCCAGACACAGACAGGGCCUCAGGAUGCCCAUGCCUGUUUUCAGGUCAUUCAGACGAUGGGGCUGAGGUCGCUAAGGUCACCGAGCCCUGAGUGCAGGACUGGGGUGGGGCGGGCAGGACCUGGGCCCCUCCUCACCCCUCACAGCCCCCCCAGGACCGGAGUCCAACCUGGACACAUCCCUCACCACGUCCUGAUUUCCUCCUUUGAAUGGAAUGUAAUGCGAUCUCUAUUUAAUAAAGGAAGGCUUUGUUGGGAGAG